AUGCGCGAAAGGAACAAAGACACCUCGAGCUCGCGGGAAAAAGCUGAGACGAAGAAACGAAGUACACAGACGAGGAGGAGUAAGGGCUCGACUACCCGAUUCUUAACCACCCUCAACCACCCUCGUACUCCUCCACCAAGCCCGAAACUAACGGCCAGCUAGGGAUCAGUUCAUACGAGUUCGGACGUCUCAGUUCGUCCCGAGAUCCGCUCGAGUGCCUAUCGCAUUUUGGACUUGCGUCGAUUACUCGUUACAGCAUAAAUCGUGCAGUAACGUCGGAGAAUGGCGGAGGACAAACCGAACUAUAAGCUCAUCUACUUUAAUGCUCGCGGUCGAGCCGAGCACAUUCGUUACAUAUUCGCUCACGCCGGUAUAGAUUACGUCGACGAGAGAAUUCCGAAAGAGCGUUGGCCCGAGCUCAAAAAAACGAUGCCUUAUGGCAUGUUACCCGUGCUGGAAAUUGAUGGAAAACCGAUCGCCCAAAGCAACGCAAUCGCCAGAUAUUUGGCCCGGAAACACGGUCUCGCGGGCGAAAACGAAUGGGAGUCCAUGCUCUGUGAUGCUCUCGUCGACACUGUCGGCGAUCUCAAAUUAGUUCUAUUCCAAUUCAGAACGGAGGAGGAUCUGUUCAAAAAGGAAGAACGCAAAGUGAAACUCCUCAGGGAAACAAUACCGUUUUAUCUGAACAAGUUCGAACAGACCAUCAAGGAGAACGAUGGAUUUGCUGUCGGUUCCAAUACGACGUGGGCGGAUUUCGUCUUUGCGGUUGCUCUCGAAAAUUUCGAGCAAAUAUUCGGUACAGCACCGCUCGAGAGUUAUCCAGCAUUGCGUGGGCUGAAGCAGCGAGUUCAUGAGAUCCCAGCUAUCGUCGAGUGGCUUGCAAAACGGCCACAGACCGAAUUCUAGAGCGGGAGGCAGGGGACGGGGGAGCGCAGAUCGAAAAUGGGAAAAAUUGCGUUCGACAUCGCUGAAGAUUUUCGCAGGAGUCGAAUUCGCAAGGGAUUCGAAUUUAUUGGCAAUUUUAUUUGAACAGAUUCGGUGAACCGAUUGAUCGUUAGAAAAAAAAACAUUAUAAACUUCGAAUAUCUGAAGAAAAAGGCUUGAAAUUUGAACGACAAAAGAACAAGCAAUUGAGCCAGUGGCUUUGAAGAUAUUCAGCCAAAGAAAAAAUUCGUUCAUUCAACGCAGAUCGAAGAUAUCGAGAUCGUACGAACGCAAUGAAAUCAGUGCAUAUCUACGCGUACCUAAAAACAUUCAAUCGUUUUUUGCCAGGAACCUAAGAAAACUCUGAAAAUUUGCACUCGAAAAUUCAUGAAAACGACGAAACAAUUCAUUCGCGUAAACCAUUUAUCUAGAAGGCUUAAAAAAACAAUUAUAGAAAAAGCUGAUAUUCGUGUGGCUCGACGUCGUUUGGAACGCGACUAAGCGCGACAUUUAUGGAUUUAUGUUACAAGAGAAGAAGCGAAACCAUUGAAAAAAGCCAAGUUAAAAGUGGCUUCGAUCAUUCUCGUAAUCAAGAGCUUCAUUGCCGAAUGGUAAAACUCAAUAUAACAUUACACCAUGAAGAAUGUUAAUUCUCCAUAGAAAAUAAUAAUUAAAAAAAAAACAAAACAAAACAAAAAAAAAUUAUAUUUCUGAUAAAAAAAAAAGAAUUUUGUCAACUGCUCUCGAUCUCGAUGAUUUAUGGGUCUCUAUUCAUUUCACAUUUUCGCUGAUUGUAACGAACGUUUUUCCCACUGUACUUCAUCGAUAGAUUGCAAUAUACUUCGAGUCGAAAAUUCUUCAGCGAUUUGAACAGAGCGACGAAAACGGUGUUUUCCCGAGUAAAAAGAAAGGUGUCGAUCGAUACUUAUUAGGUUAAUUGGAGAAAACGUUCCAUUUUGGCAACGUAUUGAUUCGCAUUUCAUAGAAAAUUGUUUUGAAAUAUUUGACGGUCAUUCGGUACAGUAGUUUCGAAAUAUUACCACCAAAAAUCUAAAGAUUCGUAAAAAAAGAUUGAUCUUCGAGAGACUUUCUCAUUUUGGAGAAUAUAAUCAGCGUUAAAUUUUCGCGAUAAUUUAUCCGUUAAAAAAGCAUCGAAGAGAGCGAUGACAAAACGAUUUUUUAACCGAGCUUUCCGAGGCUUUCGAGAAACGUUGAUGAAGUCAAUUUCAGUAGUAAUUUUACGUUUUUCUGACACUGACAUAUUCCGGCAAAGAUGCCAUUCGGUUAUUGACGCAGAAAAUACUGCUGAGGUCAUGUAGAGACGAGAAAAAAGGUAUACGAUUACUGUUUAGGUGUUAUCGGUGUUAAUGCAUUUAAAUGUAAAAAUUGGAAAAAUAAAAUGAGCGAUCUCCCGGUUCGAUUCGAUCGGUAUAUGAGUAGAGACAAAAAUUAGAGGAGAACUCCAAUGAAGGGAGAUAUUCGGAUGAUCAAUAUGCAUUUGUGAUCAGUGAAAUUAUAGACCCGACGCGAACGACGACGAAAACGUUCUAUACAAAUAUAUAUAUAUAUAUAUAAUUGUUAUGACGCGUUGCAAGACUGGAGUUACGAUUAAACACGAUGCGUAUAUCAAAUAUUUAUAUGCGUGUUCACAGUUCGUUAUGUUUUAUCGGUAGAAGUAGCCGCCGGAUAUCGAGCCUCGUAAAUCAAUGUAAAUUGUAACUGAAUUGUGUUAUGACGGACUAAAGUAAAAGUUGCGAAUAAUUGGAAGGUGAAUUAUUGAAAGAAAAUAUAUAUCUAUAUAUUCAUAUGUAUGAAUAUAAAAUCAUUCACGAGAA